AUGAAAAAGAGUGAAAUAAUACGUUUAAUUGAGGAGAGUGAUGUGUACAAAAAUGACAACGAAGUUGUUAAAGAUGCUGUGGAUCGAAUAAUAAGGAAUAAAAACCAAAAAUCCGAUCAGGAUAGUGAAAUAGAACUAGAGCGUCUUAGAUUAGAGAGAGCUAAAAUAGAAUUACAAUUAGCGCAAUUAAGGGCUAAUGAAAAUAGUACUCAGACUUCCGUUAAUGUAGAGCGUAAAACCGAACCAGAAGAGUCUCUGGAUAGCUUAUUAAAGUCUGACUCUGUAUUUGGGUAUAUUGUAGGAGGUAGCGUUUCGAGUUCAGUUAAAUUAAAUGCUAACUAUUGCGGUUUAAUAUGUGGAGCAGAAGAAUUAAAUUCAAACUUGAGAAAAUUUUGGGAGAUUGAGGAAAUGGGUAAUGAAUUACCUAAAAGUAAAGAGAAUGCUAUUUGUGAGGAGCAUUAUGCGCGAACACAUAGAAGAGAUGAGACAGGAAAAUAUACUGUGGCGAUGCCAUUUAAAGAGCAUUGGUCAUGUCUAGGGAAUUCAAGAGAUAUUGCUCUGAAACGACUCGAAUCGCUGUGGACUCGCCUGUCUAGAGACCAAAAAUAUCUGAAACUGUAUUCUGAUUUUCUAAAGGAAUAUGAGGAGUUAGGCCAUAUGAGCGAGAUACAAGAUGAAAGUGUUGAACCUGAAGUGACAUAUUAUAUGCCUCAUCAUGGCAUCUAUAGGCCUCAAAAAACGACGACUAAACUACGUACUGUGUUUAAUGCGUCCACCUUGACUAGUAGUGGAAAAUCGCUCAACUCAAUUCAGUAUAACGGUGGAGUGAUUCAAGACGAUCUAUUUACAUUGCUAAUUAGAUUCAGAAAACAUAUAUUUGCCUUUACUGCAGAUAUUCGUCAGAUGUAUCGUAUGAUCAAUAUAGAUGAGAGUCAAAGAAAUCUACAAAGAAUUUUGUGGAAAGAGGGAGCUAAUGAGCCCAUUAAAACGUAUCAGCUAAAUACGGUUACCUACGGAACGGUUAGUGCUCCAUAUCUAGCCAUGAGAACACUUAAGCAAAUUUCCAUUGACGAGGGAAAAAACUUUCCAAGUACUGCAUCAGUCUUGUGCCAUGAUUUUUAUAUGGACGAUGUUUUAAGUGGAGCGAGUACAUUGGAAGAGACAAAAACUUUGCAACAUGAACUUGUUGGCAUUCUAAAAACUGCCCAGAUGUCGUUACACAAGUGGUGUGGAAAUACUUCCGAGCUUAUUCCUGCUACUGAGAAAGAGUAUGAGUUCUCAUCUACAGAUGAAAUUAAGACUUUAGGGAUUGCCUGGAAGGCUAAAACUGACUGCUUUACCUUUAAAGUAGAUUUACAGUAUAAUGCCCAUCCUACCAAAAGGUCGGUCUUAUCCAUUAUCGCCCGACUUUUUGAUCCACUUGGGUUACUUGGGCCAGUGAUCACGAAAGCAAAAAUAUUCAUGCAACAAUUGUGGUUGCUCAAGAUCGAUUGGGGUGAAAUGCUUCCCGAGAAAGAAGCUAGUGAAUGGCAAGAGUUUGUAACAUCUUUAAGAAACUUAAAUGACAUUAACGUAGAAAGAUGUAUUGUCAUUCCAAACGCGGAAGUGAAUGAGCUUCAUGGAUUCUGUGACGCGUCUGAAAAGGCAUAUGGCGCUGCAAUCUACGCCAGAACAGUCGAUUCAGCGGGUGAAGUGAAAGUGAAGCUAAUCGCGAGUAAAUCUCGUGUGUCACCAAUCAAGCAGGUAACUAUACCUCGUUUAGAAUUAUGCAGUGCCGUUCUGCUCACCAAAUUGAUGCAGAAGGUAAAAAAUGCCUUAAAAAUGGAUAUUACGUCAGUAUCGUAUUAUUCGGACUCUACAAUCGUGCUUUCGUGGAUGAGAAAAGAGUCACGAGACUUAAAAACAUUUGUUGCGAACAGAGUGGCUACUAUUCAAGAAUCCACAGAAAUGAAUCAGUGGCAUCACGUUCCUUCCGAACAAAAUCCCGCCGACGUCAUUUCAAGAGGACUUGAUCCAACGAGAAUGCAACAAAGUGACUUAUGGUGGUUUGGUCCAACCUUUCUCCAAGAACUGGUUGUGAACUUUCCUGGUGAUUGCGACGACAUCCACUAUCCAUUGGACAGUUCUGUGCAGAACAGGGACGUUUCUUCUGAGAAACUUUAUUUAGCAGAACUCAAAAAUCCGACUAAUUUCUGUUUAAUUUCAGCUGUGGACUCAUCAUUUUUAGACAAUAUACUUAGUGUAGCUGCCUUUAAUUGUGAAAUAAAAGCCCUCAAAAAAGGUGAAAAUGUUAAUAAGAGUGAGGCAAUCCACUUGGAAAUAGUCACUGACUUAACUGCAGAGGCAAUGAUUGCCACUUUAAAGCGCUUUUUUAGCAGAAGAGGUGUUAGUUCCUCUAUCUGUUCUGAUAAUGCAACUAAUUUCAAAGGGGCCAAUUCAGAUUUGAAACGUUUGCAAAAUAUGAUUGGUAGACCCCCAGAGCCUUUAGCUAAUUACUUAACAACUGAACAAGUGACAUAG